CACUGAUGAUCAGUGUGCCCUGCUGAUCAGUGUGGCCCCAGAAGUGCCACCUGUCAGUAUCCAUCAGUGCCAGCUGUCAGUGCUAAACAGUGCCAGUGCCCAUCAGUGCCACAUCAAUGCCACAUAUCAGUGCCCAUCUGAGCUGCCCGUCAGUGUCACCCAUCAGUGGCAGUCAUCAGUGCCAGUCAGUGCCACCUAUCAGUGCCAUAUAUCAGUGCUGCCUUUCAGUGCCCAUCAGUGAUGCCUGUCAAUGCCCAUCAGUGCCACCUACCAGUGCCUCCUCAUCAGUGCCCAUCAGUGCCACCUAUCAGUGCCCAUCAGUGCAUCUUAUCAGUGCCCAUCACUACAGCCUCAUUAGCGCACAUCAGUGAAGGAGAAAAAUCACUUAUUUAUAAAAUUUUAUAA